GUGGAGUGUUAAAGACAACCGAGUUUUUGAAAAAAGUUGGAAAAAUAAUUAAAGUUGGUGCAUAAAGUGCUAAAUUCGAAUAAAUUUAGUGAGUUGGUUAGCAAAAUCGUUGAGAAAGCCUGAAAUUUGUGAAAGUUAAGGAUUAGAAUCAGGUAAGCUGGUGAGCCAUUUGACCCAAAAGCGAGUGAGAAAUAAUUGUGACCACGUUAAACAGGCCUUGCCCAUCCAACGUGGGCGGUUUAUCUAGGGCUUAUCCUAGCUGGAUUUUUCCCGAGUGCAGCCGAGACCGGAACCACCUGUGGUGCUGCGAGCUUCCGUUUGAUAGUCGACCACUUCGCGCUCGAGUGUGGUGAAUACGGUGAGCCGAGAAACCCGAACUCGUCGCGCCAAGACGUGUGGUACCGAGCUUCGCAGAACCUGCUCGAAUCUCCACCAAGCGUGAGGACGCCUCUACCUCACCCCUACCCACGAACGAGUUGGCUCAUCGGACUACGUUGGAGGAAGCAAAUCGUUCGGUCGGCUGGUUCGUCAUAUUGUGGCUCGGCUUCGAGAGACUGCUCGACUGCGAACGACGUGGAGCUGCGUUGCGACGGAAAAUUCAAGGUCAGACCUAGCUGUAAGAUACGAUUGCGCAACGUAUAAAGAAGAGUUUUUUUGAAGAGAAUUGAAUGAGCUCGAAUGUGACGUCACACGGUCAGUAGCCAGUUGUAUUUGAUUCAGAAUCGUUCUAUGGAAUCGAAACUGACUGAAAUGAGAACUUGUAAAACUCAUUAAAUUUGCCUUUUUAAUAGUUUUUUUUUCGUUUUCUUGGUUUUUAAAUAAAUUUUUUAUUACUUCGAGCUUAGUAAAAACAUUCUACCAGACCGUGGCCGUUAUUUGCAGAUCAUCAACGAAUUGGAUAGAGCUCUGAAUUAACCCUUUCACUACCGCUCAGUAUUAGAGAGCUUCCAAAUAAAUUAGCAACAACAUUUUAAUUUCAUUUUUCAGAAUUUUGGAUUGAUUUGGUUUGUUUGAGUCGCGUCGUUUGGGUUCGAAUUGGUAAGAAGAGGUUCCUACUGAACUGUGAGGCCUGCCCUGAGCAGGAGUUCUCAUGCCGGGAUAUUAUCAGAGGUAACGGUCCUUCGUUUUGAAGGUGGCGCUUAAGCCGUUAUCUUGGCGAAACGGAACGGAUUGUUACAAUUUGGCGCCCAACGUGGGGCCCGAAAAGCAGUUAGUAGAUUUUUUGAAUUGGACUUUGUCCGAGAAACAUUUAGUAGAAUUUCAAAUUGGACUUUGUUGAAGCACGAUUCAUACUUGAUUUUGAAUACAUUUUGGGUUUAGUUAGGAUAAGUUGGACUUCCUUAGUUAAGUUUUUAUUGAGUUUGUUUUUUUUAGUCACUUUUCUUAGUUUAGGAUUAGGUAUUGGAAUCUGGGUUUGGUAUUGUGCUUACAACUUUCCUUUUGAAUUUUGAGUUUGAAUUUUUGUUGCCCAUCAUAAGUUUUUUUUUUCUUUUUCAUAAACAUUAGGUAAUAACUAUAUUCAGUUUCAGUCAAUUGUCAUAUUUUUUUUUCUCUCUUUAUUUUUUCCCGUAUUAAUCGGUAGUGAAUUGAAAGCAAUAAGGGUGAAUUUACAGUACGGUGUUCUGGUGAUUUUUUUUUCUUUUUUUUGUUUAUAGUGAAAUUUUGUUUAUUAAUAUUUGUGUUUCUGAUUAUAAUUUGAAUUCAAAAUGAACUACUAUCUCAUUAACGAACAGUGUUUAGAAGAAGAUGAAGUGAAUUAUGAGUUGCGUAUUCGUGAUUAUCCGAUAGAUGGCUCGUUAGAAACACGACGUAGAGCAUUGCGUCGUUUGUUGCGAGAAAGUGAGAGUGUUGAGGUGAAGCAGACUUGGUAUUCCAUUGAAGACGAGUAUGUGGGCAUUCCGAUGAAACUACAGCAAAUCGAGUUAGCAAUCAGGAAUCGAGUUGGGGCUGGCUGUUUGUCGCGACUGGUACAUCUACACAAACGAGUUCGUAGAUAUCGUGUGAUCAGCUACGACGAACGAGAGAAGCAGAAAAUGCUGUUGAACGCUGUGUCGCAAAUGGCGCUUACCUACUUCGGUGUGAAUCUCGACGUUCUUGGACAAGCAGUACCUGUUAUGACCUUGGUUACGGGGCCGCAGGAGACGAAUGGGGGUCCUUCGGUACCAGACGGUCAUGUGUCAGGAUGGAACCGACAGGGCGAGCUUUUGAAGCAGCAGUCGAUGCAGGAGGAUUUGAUUCUGUUUUCUCCAAUGCCGGUCGACGGAUCGAAUGUGAAUUUUAGACGGCACACGUUUCCUGUGACCGGGACCCAAAAUCCGAGGUCAGAUCCAUUACAGCCGAUAUUGAUACCACAAUUCCAGCAGUCCAAUCCUCCGAAAGUAGAUGAGGUGAAUGUAAACCCGGACACGCCACAGUUUAAAAGUUCAAUUCAGGUGCAGUUGAGUCGACGACCAUCCGUUCCUGUUUCCGCUCCGAUGCCGACGAGUACCUUUGAUAUAAAUCCAUUUGAACAAGGAUCGAAUGUUGGUGUAGAUCCGAGCCAAGCCAGGAAUCGACCGUCGAAUCGAAUCGAGCAUAGUUCUCCAGAGUUACGAGAUGGUUUAUCUGUAUGUGGAUCCCGAGGCAGUCCAGCGUUGCAGCAUCAAGACCAAACUGGGAGGAAAGUAUCGUUGAAUGAGUAUGUUCAUGUUUCCGAGAUAGAAACAUACAUUAAAAGCUGCAUCAGUCAAAUUUUGACUCGGGAUGUCGUGGAUAAUUUGGCGGAUCGGUUCAAUACUAUCGGGUUCAAGGAGCCAGAGGUAUCCGAAACUCCGCGUGUUUGGUCAGGAGAACAAAAUGAAAAAGCAGGAACUGCAAAAUUGCCGUUCGUUCGACCAGCACCGUCGGAUUCAACCCGGAUGCCACCAGGGGGACCACAGUAUGUCAGUCAAAAAUGUGGGAUCACGCCAACCGGAUGGUUACCACACUUUCAAAAUGUAUCUUCGAGUUCUAUGGUACCUCCGGUACAGCCGAUAAUGACUCCGGAGCCGUUUCCGAAUCCGUAUCGUAAACAAGACAUUUCUCUGAACCAAUCAAUACCUCAACCAACGAAUCACUCUACGUUCAUGGGUCAACCAUUGGGAGCUGGAAAUCCGUUGAGCAACAAUUUUAAUCAAAACCAAUUUUUGCGUCAGCGUUUACCUCACCAGACUUGCAACAUCAUUGAAAAGUGGCCGAAGUUCUCGGGCGAUGGCAACGCUGUUCCUGUAGUGGAUUUCCUGCGGCAAAUUGAGAUCCUUAGUCGCUCGUACCAGGUAUCUCCAGAUGAGCUAAGAAUGCAUGCUCACAUGCUGUUUAAAGGUGAUGCCUAUGUUUGGUUUACCGCUUACGACGACAAGUUGGAUUCGUGGGCCACGCUGACAACCAUGUUGAAGAUGCGGUAUGAUAAUCCAAAUAGGGAUAGAGCGAUUCGAGACGACAUGCGGAACCGGAAACAAAAGCCGAACGAAUUGUUCAGUGCCUUUUUAACUGAUAUUGAGGCCAUGUCACAAAGGUUGAUUCGUAAGAUGUCAGCUGAGGAAAAAUUCGAUUUGGUGGUGGAGAACAUGAAGAUGUCGUACAGAAGACGAUUAGCUCUACAGCCAAUUCAGUCUCUCGAUCAUUUAGCUCAGCUGUGUUAUCAGUUCGACUCUCUCGAAUCUAAUAUGUUCCUCACCAAACCGACUGCAAAACCUGCUGGACUCAAUCAAAUCUUGGCGGAGGAAGAAUUGGAGGAGUAUGAAGAAGUCUCAGAGGAGGAAGACACCGCAGUAAUGGCUGUACGACCGAAGAUAACACGGAAAAUCGCUAGCAAACCCGUGGAAUCCAAGGAUAACCAAGGAGCUGAUCAACCCUUGUGCUGGAACUGCAGAAGUCUUGGUCAUAUGUGGAGAGACUGUACGCAACGAAAAACUCUUUUCUGUCAUAUUUGUGGUCAUGGGAACACGACGGCCUACCAAUGUCCUCAAAAGCAUAAUCUCAAACCACGCGAAUCGGUAGACUCAAAAAACGAAUAAAUACGGUAGUUUCCG